AUGAAGACAUGUUAUUUGAUUUUUUGUCCUUUUUGUUCGUCAUAUACCAACUUUCAUUCUAUUCUUUUACAUUUAGGAAUUACUCUGAAAACUAAUGGCGAGGGACGUAACUCAUCGGGUUUGAAAGCAGACAGAAAAGAUUGCCAAAAACACGCUCUGGUCGGUGCUGCUAUUGGCCUCCAUCAUGAAGAUGUGAAGAUGUCAGAGGAAAUUAACGAGCAAUCAGGCAAUGAUCCUACUGCAACAAUCCAUCGAUGUCAAGAUUCCUUAUUGACAGAUGAAAAUAACGAACAAUUGGGUGCUGUUUUAAUCGAUGAUUGUCAGGAUGUGGUAAUGAGAGACGAAAACAACGCACAAUCGGGUACCUCUCUUCGCGCGAAACUCCAUGAUCAUCAAGAUGUGGUAAUGACAACAGAUGAAAAUAACGGACAAUUGGGCGCCAAUUUAACCGAGGAUGUGUUGAUGGCAGAUAACAAUAACGAACAAUUGGGCACUCAUAUUGGCGAGGAUGUGAUAAUGACAGAACGAAGACACUGCAUUGGUGUGCCGCUUACGCAUGGCCAUGCCGACCAAUCAGCAGCAGAUAUAACAGAUGGAAACUGCCAUGUCUGCUUUGGCACAGUGUCCGGUUCCCACAUAUGUAUCGUAUGUCAUCGUUCUGUCCACGUAUUCUGUGGUGAGGGGAUCGGUGACGAAGGUUAUGGACAAGCUGUGACAUGUUACAAGUGUCUAGAUAGAGGAAAAAAACAAACGAAAUACGCUGAAACGGAGUCGACAGAUACAUCUGCAGAUGAAAAUAGCGGACAAUUGGGCGCCAAUUUAACCGAGGAUGUGUUGAUGACAGAUAACAAUAACGAACAAUUGGGCACUCAUAUUGGCGAGGAUGUGAUAAUGACAGAACGAAGACACUGCAUUGGUGUGCCGCUUACGCAUGGCCAUGCCGACCAAUCAGCAGCAGAUAUAACAGAUGGAAACUGCCAUGUCUGCUUUGGCACAGUGUCCGGUUCCCACAUAUGUAUCGUAUGUCAUCGUUCUGUCCACGUAUUCUGUGGUGAGGGGAUCGGUGACGAAGGUUAUGGACAAGCUGUGACAUGUUACAAGUGUCUAGAUAGAGGAAAAAAACAAACGAAAUACGCUGAAACGGAGUCGACAGAUACAUCUGAUAACCCACAUAAAACAGCGCACAAGAGAGGUUCUAGACAUAAGGAAGAAAGUGACGAAGACUACUUGCCAAGCUCGGAGAGCGAAAAUGAAGAUAAAGAUCCUGCCACAUACAAAGACGAGUAUGAAUUUCAAGAUACACACAACCGUCCACCAAUUAAAGCCAGAAAACGUCUGAAGGAAAAUAAGAACAUACCAAAAGACUCCAGUGUCUGCGAUGCCGAUUCGAUGAAAGAAAUUGAAGAACAUCCUGAUAACAACCUAAAGAAGCAAAAGAGAGAAAGAAAACAACCUUUCAAAAUUUGGACCUCAAAAACCGAUGCUUCAAAUAAUGAAAACGGGUCAAAAGUUUAUGUACAGCCUAUAAUGGCAGCAGCGGGGAAAAGAGCAUACGAUAAAAAAAAUUGCUGCUUCUUCUGCUCCAAAGAAUUUUCCAAGUUGGCAAGACAUUUGGAGCAGAAACACAAAGAUGAGGAAGAAGUCGCUGCUGCGCUAAAGUUCCCCCCCUCCGACAAACGCAGAAAAGACCUCUUCGCUAAGCUGAGGAAGAUGGGGAACUUUAAUCAUAAUAUUAAAGUCAUCGAAAAACGGGAAGGUGAACUAAAGGUUGAUCGAAGACCAGCAGCAGGAACUGACCCGAAACAAUACUUACCGUGCACAGGAUGUAAUGGGUUUUUCCUCGCACAUGAACUCACAAGACAUGCUGCAACAUGCUUGCGAUCAGAUGAGCCGGCCGGUGGGAAAGUAAAGCCAUCGGCCAAGCGUAUGCAAUUUGAUGGCAAGUUGCUAUUAGCUGGAGGCGGAGCCAGUGAGUGCAGCAAACAGCUGCAAAGCAUAUUAAAAAUCAUGGCUCGUGAUGACAUUUCCGCGGUCGCCCAGGCAGAUCCUACAAUCCUCGCCGUCGGCAGUGACAUGGUUGAACAAAAAGGGAAAGAGAAAGCUAUUGCAAUCUCACAAAAGAUGCGGUUGUUGGCACGGGUUUUGGUGGAGAUGAGAAGGCUAACUGGUAAAAGCGAUGCCUCCUUAUCUACGAUUAUAACCCCUUUGUAUUUUGACAUGCUCUUACAGUGUGCAAAAAACCUUGGGGGUUAUGUCGUAGAUGAGGAUGGCUCUAAAAGUUUUAAGAGUCCCUCCACCUCCGUCAAAUGUGGAUACGCAACGAUGACGGCAGCGAAGAUCUUGCGGGGGAAAGCACUUAGAGAUUGUGACAUGGGAAGGAAAAAGGAGCUCGACAACUUUUUGGAGUUGUACGAGACGGAAUGGGGGAAAAAAAUCACGUCACCGGCCCAUGACAAUCUCGGCCUGAAAAAAACGAACAAGCCCGACGUCUUGCCACUCACGAGUGAUCUAAUGAAGCUUCGUGACUACCUCCUGGAGGCCAUAAAAAAGGGGACAGAAAACCUCAGAAGAGACCGAAACAAAGAGAACUUUCGGGUUUUAUCGGAAGUAUGCUUGGCGAGGUUAAUAAUGUUCAACAAGAGAAGAGGGGGAGAGACCGCAAGAAUGAAACUGAAGGCGUACCAAUCGCGAUGUAAUUGGAGAGAACAUCAAAACCAAGAGGUGUUCCAAUCACUCUCGGUUUCGGAAAAGCAGCUUUGCGAAAAGUUUGACAUGGUUGAGAUCAUUGGAAAGCGAAACAGGAAGGUUCCGGUCAUCUUGACACCGGACGUCGCAGAUGCAAUGUUGAUGCUGACCGAUCCUUCCUACCGAGAGAAAGGUUGCGUGCAGCGGGAAAACGAAUACGUUUUCCCCAUGAAUAACAACUCAUCGCUGCACAGCCUGAGAGGAAAUGACGUCCUCAGAAACGCGUGCAAGAAUGCAAAUUUGGAGAACGAUAGCUUGGUAACGUCGACCAGUAUGCGCAAGUAUGUUGCAACGGUAUCGCAACUGGUCGACAUGAACGAGACCGAAAUGGGUUGGCUUGCCGAGCAUAUGGGCCACGAUCUCCAUAUCCAUAAGGAGUAUUAUCGUCUGCCACAAAACACUCUUGAAAUUGCUGUGGUUGGCAAUUUGCUCCUGGCAAUCGAUGAGGGAAGGGCCCACAAGUUCAAGGGGCGAAAUUUACGAGACAUCAACAUCCAAGAGUUUGAAAAUUUCGCGUGCGAAGAGGACGAUGAGGCUGCAAACAACCUUGGUUUUACUGAAUGUUCAUCCAAGACGAAGUCGAAGCUGGCCUCAAAAACACAAGAAAACACUGAUCUGCCUACUUCUUCCAUCACAUCGCGCAAUACUCCUAGCAGCUGUGCAUCAACAUCGAAGCAAGGAUCAUCAAAGACGAAAGAAAGAGCUGACGAUAAAAUUAGCACCGUCUCCUCGCCGAAGACUCCGAUUGCAAAAACUAAGAAAGGCAGAGCGCCACAAAAGCUGGUGAAAUGGACAACGCCAGAACGUAGGCUAGUCAUGCGCUCAUUCGACAGGCAUAUAAAGAACAUGGAAUUGCCGAAAAAAAAAGAAUGCGUGCAGUUUCUCGCAGAGCACCAAGAUGUCAUGGCAAGGCGAAAUUGGAAAAAUAUAAAAGAUUUCGUUAGAAAUCAGGAACAAAAAAUGGGUGAUCGUCUUUGAAUUACGCAAUAUUUAAUUCAUUAACUCGUAAUAGAUUCCAUGCAUAUAAUUACGUUAAACACUUUUGCAUGACCACACUGGCAUUCCCUGCGAGAAUUAUCAAGCAAAAAUGGCUCUAAAUUAACUUGUAGGUAAAGUCGCCAUAUAAUCGUACAAGAAAAUUAAAAAAGUCUUGCAAAGAAUGCUGGUCUUUGGGUCACGCAGAAGCCUUUGGUGUCUUAUGUAUAAGAUCUUUUGAUCUGAAACUAAACGAGUUUCGAUAUUUGCUUACAAAGAGACUUUUGAAACUAUAUACUCAAUAGUGACAGUGACGAUGUAACUAUAUACAGACUUCAAUUUACAAAUUGGGUUGUGGUGUUCGCAAAAUGUGCAGAAACCGCUUUAUAAGAAAACUUUCUGUAUCGCAGAAAUAAUAGUCACGUUUAUACCCCAAAACCAUACUAUAUGCAUCAAUAGUAUACAGCAUGCAAGCUAUACUAGGUGCAUAUUUUCAUUCAUAUCCACUAAGAGCAUGCAUGAGUGAAUUAACCAUAGUAGUUUGAAGCAAAAAGCAUCAGUAAAACUAAAGCCUGAUUUAUUGGAACGGCACGGCUAAAAUGGGUACCAUUAGAUUCCAUUUUUAUGCCUGAUGAUGAUGAACGAUGAAAUAAUUUUCAGUUAUUUUGCCCCACGACAAAUAAGGAACUCUGCAAAUAGCAUGCAGUAUCAUACAAACAUGUCUAACAAACUAAAGCCUGAUUUUUAUCAAUCAUUGAAAGUUGGCGACAACUAUUGCCUUUUUAUUAUAACCUUCUUGGUUAUUUUGAAUAAUUUUUCUUUGUCAUGCACGAGCGAUUAUUUAAUACUUAUUUACAGAUAUCGUGUUUUGUUGACCCGAGAACGUACCCAUGCAUGCAUGCACUGUAUUAACGAAGUGUCUUUAAAUAAGUGAUUUGUUAUUAUAUCUACAGGGUGUCCCAAAAAAAACGAAAACUAUUGAA